CACAAACCACGAAGACAGUACAGAGACAAUACACAAGACAAGGAUUCCUCGCUGAUAAAGGCAACACGGAACGGCUAAAUACUAAAGACUAUUAAAAGUGAAGUGAAAAGUGACGUGACAUACGGCUAAGUACGGUGACCUAUACUCAGAAUUUGUUCCCUGCGUUUAACCCAUCCAAAGUGCACACACACAGCAGUGAACACACACACCAUGAACACACACCUGGAGCAGUGGGCAGCCAUUUAUGCUGAGGCGCCCAGGGAACAGUUGGGGGGUUCGGUGUCUUGCUCAAGGGCACCUCAGUCGUGGCUGGCCUGAGACUCGAACCCACAACCUUAGGGUUAGGAGUCAGACUCUCUAACCAUUAGACCACGACUUCCCCACCCACGACUUCCCCACACAUAUUAGACACAUAAGGGACAGGUGUGCAGAGGCGGGAAGUAAUAGACAAUGGCGGGGCAGACACGUGAACACAGAACGUAAACAAAAGGCACAUGGAAAAAGUCCGGGUUAGAUCCUGACAUUGAUUGGUAUUAUAUUUAAUAUACAGUGCGUUCCGAUUUUUUUUCCUUUUUUGUUCUAAGUGGUUGUAAACAGAUCCGUAUAUUCACACAUAUCAUGAUGACUAAAAGCGCUGUAUACAGACAAAUUACACUUUAAUAAACUGGUCACCGGUUGUGCAGCGUUGUGUGAUGGUUGGUGAUGUAGUUCUCCGUUUUUUACUCAGAGGGCCGCUAUAUACUAAGGAUGCUCGUAAUCCUUCUAUAUCCGCCCCAGACUCGCCCAUAGAAUCCUGAAUAAUCAAAGAAAGAAAAGCCUUACAUUUGCUGCAUUGGUGCAGUCGUGGGGUAUUAAAUUCAACGAAUAUUUAAAGAGAAGUUCGUUACUGAAUUAAACUGAAUGACUUCUGAUUAUAAGGAUUAUAACACGAGUUCGUUUUAGGAGGUCUUUUGUACAGACGCUGCUGCGAUGUGGCACACGGUAUUGUUUUUCAUCGUCCUUUCUUCUCGCUCCGUGAUUGGGCAGGUCAGCUACUCCAUACCGGAGGAAAUGCCGAAAGGCUCGAUGGUUGGAAAUAUUGCUCAGGAUUUGGGAUUAGAUUUGAAAAGACUGAAAUCUGGAAAAGCGCGUGCACUAUCUGGAGAUACCACGGAAUACAUCGAGCUGAAUAGAGAAAGAGGUAUGCUGCUUAUAAAAGAAAAAAUAGAUCGUGAGUCUUUGUGCGCUAAAGCAACACUAUGCGCUUUACAUCUCCAAAUGAUACUUGAGAAUCCGAUGGAAAUGUACACAAUUACAGUAGAAAUCACGGAUAUUAAUGACAAUGCUCCGUUUUUUCAAACGGAGGAAAUCAUGAUUGAAAUAAGCGAGUCGGCUGUGACGGGAGCGAGAUUUAUGUUAGAGAGAGCAAUGGAUGCGGACGUCGGGACCAACGGACUUCAAAGCUACUCACUUAAACCGACAGAUCAUUUUGUGUUAGAACUGCAAAAUCAUGCAGACGGGGGUAAAAAUGUAGAGAUGAUUUUACAAAAAACACUCGAUAGAGAAAAGCAGGAAAAACUUACAUUAUUAUUAACUGCCAUAGACGGAGGCGAGCCAUUGAUGUCUGGCACUGUACAGAUACACGUCACUGUUCUAGAUGCUAAUGAUAACGGUCCGGUUUUUCAGGAAAAAUUAUAUAAAGCUUCAAUCGUCGAAAAUUCACCGAAAGGAAGUAAAUUGACAACCGUGAGCGCAUCUGAUGCUGAUGAAGGAACAAAUGGACAGGUGACCUAUUAUAUUUCAAACACAGAUAAAACUGUAAAAGAUGUAUUUAGUAUAAAUCAAAAUAAUGGCGAAAUAACAUUGACUGGGCAGAUUGACUAUGAAAAAUCAAACAAUUUUCAACUUGAUAUUCAAGCAAAGGAUCAAGGAGGACUCUCUGAUUCCUGUAAAGUUAUGAUUGAUGUAUUGGAUAUAAAUGAUAAUAAACCAGUCAUCACUAUUCUCUCAAAGUCUGAUUCUAUAUCAGAAGAGUCUCAUUCAGGCACAGUUAUAGCAAUGAUCAAAGUAAAUGAUCCAGAUUCAGGUGCUAAUGGACAAAUUCACUGUAAUGUAAAUGAAAAUGUCCCAUUUAUUAUCACAUCGCCAUCUAAUAAUUUCUUUAGCUUGCGCACAGAUCAGGAAUUAGACAGAGAAAGACAAGCUGAGUAUAACAUCACUGUGACUUGCUCUGAUGAAGGAGUUCCCUCACUGUCCAGCAGCACUUCUCUCCAUUUACACAUAUCAGAUGUUAAUGACAAUGCACCUGUUUUUGAGAGAAAUAAUUACGAGGCCUAUGUGGUGGAGAACAACACACCAGGUCUCUCUAUAUUCACAGUGAAGGCCAGUGAUGCAGACUACAACCAGAAUGCUCGAGUGUCUUAUAUUUUAGAAGAGAGCACCGUCAAUGGACUACCUGUGUCAUCGUAUGUGUCAGUCAGUGCUGAUAAUGGAGUCAUUAACGCCGUGCGCUCGUUCGACUACGAGCAGCUAAAGGACUUCCAUUUUCGCGUCAGAGCGCAGGACGGAGGCUCCCCUCCACUCAGUAGUAACGUGACAGUAAAACUUACAGUACAAGAUCAGAACGACAACGCUCCUCAGGUCCUCUACCCAGUACAGACCGGUGGCUCUGUGGUGGCUGAGAUUGUGCCUCGUUCAGCAGAUGUGGGUUAUCUGGUCACUAAAGUGGUGGCUGUUGAUGUGGACUCUGGACAGAACGCCUGGCUCUCCUACAAACUCCAGAAAGCCACAGACAGGGCGCUGUUUGAAGUGGGAGCGCAGAAUGGAGAGAUACGAACUGUGCGUCAGGUCACCGAUAAAGAUGCCGUGAAACAAAAGCUCACUGUAGUUGUGGAGGAUAACGGACAGCCGUCUCGCUCAGCUGUAGUUAACAUCAAUGUAGCUGUAGCGGACACUUUCCCCGAAGUGCUCUCAGAGUUCACAGACUUUACGCACCACAAACAAUAUAAUGACGACCUCACCUUUUAUUUAGUGUUAGCAUUAGCUGCUGUUUCUUUCCUUUUCAUCACGACUGUAGUAGUUAUAAUCUCAGUAAAGAUCUACAGGUGGAGACAAUCGCGCCUCUUCUAUCAGUCCAAUCUUCCAGUUAUUCCGUACUAUCCACCCGGUUACACAGACACAGGAGUUACUGGAACUCUGCCGCACAUGUAUAAUUAUGAUGCUUGUAUGACGACUGACUCGAGGAAGAGUGACUGUAAAUAUUCCACACUUGGAGGACAGAGUGUUUUAGUCAUGGACCGCAGUUUUACUGAAACUAUGCAGCGAGCAAUGAAGGAAAAUAAUCUUCUACAUGAUGCUGAUUCUCCAGAGUUGCAAAAACCACCCAAUAACGACUGGCGCUUACCACCGAACCAGAGGCCUGGACCGAGCGGCCAACACAGGUUCCACACCCUGCAGCAGAGAUGGGCUCCGUACGAGAAGUCCAGAGCCGGACCUCGUCCUGAAGAAGCCGGAGCCGGUGCAGUAGUGGGAACUGGACCAUGGCCGAACCCCCCCACCGAGGCUGAACAGCUCCAGGCUCUGAUGGCUGCUGCGAACGAAGUGAGUGAAGCCACGGCGACACUCGGCCCUCGCUACAACGCUCAGUACGUCGCAGACUACCGGCAGAACGUUUACAUACCGGGCAGCACCGCUACACUGACGGCUAACCCUCAGCAACAGAUGCCUCAACAGGCUCUGCCUCCUCCUCAGGCCCCGCCCCAGGCCGCGCCCGCCGUCGACGUCCCUAAAGCCGCCCCAACCCCGGCCAGCAAGAAGAAGGUCACCAAGAAGGACAAGAAGUAAGAGUCAGACAGCGUCAGAUUAGAUGAGACGAGAAUAAAUAGAUUAGAUUAGCAGAUCCGAUCUGAGCAUUUCUCUUCUGCGCAUGUUAAACUACAAUAUUUAAUCAUCAUACAUUUAUUUAGUGCCGAAACUAAAUUUGCAUUCCGUUUGUUUUAGCAAGAAAUUCCCAGCUGUUUUUUUUUUUUUCCUGUGGUAGAUUUUGUACUCUAAUAUUAAAAAAAGUGAACAGGAAGAAGAAUCUCUCCUAACAUCCUGUUCGCUCGCACUGCUAAAAAAAUACACGUGGUUUUGUCACUUUCCCAUUUCUUUUCUCUUCUUUCUAGUAUGAAACGUGUGCUGUUAUAAGUCAUAAGCUGUAUGUUUUUAUUUUUGAAGAAUGUGCCAUAACCCUGGAUUUAAAAAAAAAAUAAAAAAAUAAAGAGUUUUAUUCUUGCAUGAUCCACUUUGGAACCAUAGUAUUGAAAACUAUGCAGUGUGGUAAAAGUAUGAAGUUAAAUGUAUUUAAGGGUCACAGAAAUAACACCAGCAAAUCAAAUAAAAUGUUUGCUGGUGAACGGAGCUGUUUGUAUUGUAGGACAAAAAAAAAUAAACAAUAAUAACAAAAACGUAAGAUUGGAUUUAAUCUCGACUAAGACUAAGACUAAUCUCGACUAAGAUUUAGUGCUACUACAAUAAACGAUGCUAUCUUAACGAUUAUAUAACAAUGUGUAACGUUAUUAUUUAAACACCCACCAACUCGCUAUAUAGCCGUAUAUCACUCCUGUAUCAUUAAAUGAAGUGUUUUUUUCUGAUAUAAUGGAUGUUUUGGUGUGUGUUAGCGCGUUUCGGUUCAGCAUGAUCACCCCAGGUUCUGAUUAUGGGAAGAAAAUCCUGGGACGAAUAAAUAAUCCUCACUGCAUUGAUGGAAAUAUGAAGGAAAUAUUUAACCUGGCCGUUCAACUUUGCCAAUUUAAUUCUGUGACGAUUCCUGUAAAUAUUUUGUUUCUUUUCCGAUUGGACUUUAAUACUCUCCUAAUCCAUCCUGUACAAUCCGACCUCGUCACCGCCGUGUAAAUACGACACGUCUCACGUCUGUACGAUAAACUAGAGCCGCGGACAUCGGACUAGCACAGGAACGUUUCAGUAUUUUUUAGAAAAGAAAAACAACAAAACAAAACAAAAAAAAACAAAAAAAAAAACGCACAACAAAAAGCCGAAAAAAAUAAAGUGUAGUGCUUUAGAUACGAAAAAGCUUCAAACUCACUUACUAACCAAACUGUAAAUAGAAUCUAUAAAGAAACCGCAAUCGUAGUUUAGACCUUGUGGAAAAAAAUGUGCAUAUUUUUGUGUUUUUCUCUUUCUCUUUAUUUCUUCCAAGCUAAAAAAAAAAAAGAAAAGAAAAGGUGAUGUGUUUGUAGAGUGCCCUUCCAAUGACCUCUCUCUCUCUCUCUCUCUUUCUCUCUCUCUCUCUCUCUCUCUCUCUCUCUCUCUCUCUCUCUCUCUCUCUCUCUCUAGUCUUCUGUGUGUUAAUUACAGUAAGCUGUUAAUGCUACACGAAUGGCUAUUACUGUCUGUUCAACUGCAAAUAUAUAGAAAAUCUAAAUGUCUGUCUGCUGCUUGAAUACCUUCCUGUAUUCAACCGUGAUAACUUGCUUUAUUUUUUUUCUUUUCUAACCUCUUAGCGCUUUAUGUCCUGCUUUUAUUUUAUAUGCAGAUAUUUAUAUAGCUCUUGAUUUGGUUUAUGUUCUUGUUUAUUAAUGCGACACUUACAUUUCAAAUAAAAGUUUGUCAGAACUCA